AUGGCAACCGAAAGAACACGUGAAAACUCGUGGGUCUCCCUGGACACUCCAACUAUAAAGAAGUCCAACGUUUGGACUCAUUUCGGAUUUCCUGUUUAUGACAACGAAUCAAAAAAAUUUAUAGACAAACAAAAAACGAAAACAAUUCAAGCGAAUCUACCAUCAUUUUCAAAAUAUUCAAAUUCAUCAUCAAGAGCAGCAGACAUAAACCGGGCUGUGGCAGGAUUUAUUGUGUCUGACAUGAGACCGCUAGGCAUAGUGGACAACCUAGAGUUCAAAGUACUGUUACAGAAACUUGAUCCUCGCUAUGUUUUGCCAUGUAGAAGACAUUUUGCAGAUAAGAUUAUUCCUGAAAUGUACAGUGAGAAAAAAAGAGAAAUUGGAGAAAAAUUACAGAAGGCUCAAUCAAUUGCACUAACAACAGAUUCUUGGACAUCAAGAGCCUGUCAAUCGUAUAUGACUGUCACAGUGCACUUUGUUGCUGAUGAUUGGACAAUAAAAAAUUUCGUUCUUUCAACAAAGAUGCUAGCUGUUUCACAUACAGGGGAAAACCUUGGGAAUGCCUUGAUUGAAGUGAUGGGUGAGUGGUCUUUAUUACGAUACAAAUCAGACAGUUCCACAGUUGCUAUAACAUCAGACAAUGCCUCAAAUAUGGACAUUGCUGCCAGGGUAGGAGGAUUUGAGCCACAUAUUAAAUGUUUUGCUCAUACUUUAAACCUUGCGUCUCAAAAGGCACUGAAGACACCAUCAUUGGCCAAGCUUGUUUCCCGCAUAAAGCGAAUUGUUGCUUUUUUCCACAAAUCUACAACUGCCACUGCUGUGCUCAAAGCAAAACAGUCUCUCUUAAACAUACCUGAACAUAAACUCAUCAUAGAUGUAGCAACCAGGUGGAACAGUAGUUUUGAAAUGAUAACACGUUUUCUUGAGCAACAACCUGCUAUUUUAUCAGCCCUUACAUCUAAUGAGGUAAAAAGGAAUGUGAAGGACAUUGUAACCCUUUCGGACAUGGACAUUAAUGAUGCUGAAAAAGCAAUUGAUGUCUUGAAACCUUUGAAAACUGCCACAACUAUUAUGUGUGACCAGCAUUUCCCCACUGUGUCCAUGAUAUUUCCACUGCGUUCACAGAUCCUUGACAGCAUGGUUGAGAAAGCAGGUGACUGCAAACUAAUAAGGGAAGUGAAGGAAGCAAUUCGUUCUGACCUUACACCACGUUACAGAGAUGAUACUGUUGAGAAUUUUCUCUUGAUGUCAACAGCCCUGGACCCAAGAUUUCGUUCCCUGCCUCAUGUGGAUGACAGCAGACGUCAAGAAGUGUAUGACCUGAUUGAGAACAUGGCACUUACCUUUUGUGAAGCAAUUAAGGUCAAAGUUGAAAAGAAUGAUGAUGUUCCUCCACAGGCAGAGCUACCAGAAAUGCCUCAGAUGCUUGGAACCCCAGCCCUACCCCAAUUACCUCAACUUGAUGAUAUCAAUGAUGUUGAAGACAAAUCAGACAUUCUACCUGCAAAGAGGUCAAAAGGAGCAAUGGAAGACCUUUUUGGUGAUGUGUUUAUUGUCAGCGCAACUCCAGGAAGGAGUACUUCUGAUUUAGUCCACGAUGAAGUAGAGAGAUACAGAUCAGAAUCCAAUAUCGCUUUAAAUGCUGAUCCAUUACAGUGGUGGAAGAGCCACCUUGACAAAUUUCCAAAGCUUUCUAUUGUUGCACAGGCAUUCCUUGGUAUUCCUGGUACGUCUGUACCUAGUGAAAGAGUGUUCAGUUGUGCAGGUGAUAUUGUUACUGCUACUCGAUCCUGUCUAGACCCUGAGCUGGUAGAUAAGCUGAUAUUUUUGAAGAUGAACUUUAGAUAUUGA